AUGAACCGAGUGCGAGGCAUUAGUUUGUUGGAUUCUGUCCUGCUACAUAUCUGUCAGGUGCUCGAAAGUUCGUUUAAAGCUAUUCAUAGCUUAGCAAUCUUGAAACUGGUCUCCGUGCUUAGCUUGGCGUUCUCGUUACGAUAUGCCAGAUUGCUGGCUAUACGCCUCGUAGGAUUCUUUGCUGUUUCAUGGAGAGGCGCUCGGGUGCUACUCCGUAAAGACUUGAGUACUCAUAAUACUAUCAUGGACGAGACACUUGACAAUCUAGUCAAAGUGCUUGAUUGA